AGAGUAGUUUGCAAGAUGGCGGACGACGAUAACAGCUCGACAUCCGACGAUAGUCUUGAUUUUAAUAGCGACAAAUUCGAUCCGAUUAAAGCUUUAUACUCGAAUAAAAUACGUUUACCUUCUGCUUGCGCGCCUAUUUACGACAAUGUGUGCAUGUUCGAAAGUCGUAUGAAAAAUCCUGCGCGUGUUAAAAAAAUAUCUCAAACAGGAAACGAUGUUGUCAAGGCAAAGGAAUACUCAAAGCAACGGUUUAUCUCAAGUCAAGGCCAUGAGGAUCCAGAAAGAUCAAAGACGAUAGGACGUGGUAAGAAAUUCAAAGAGGGAUCUAAUGUUCUAACGAAAAUGCCGAAAAUCCUUGGACCGUUAGGAAUGCUCUAUGAAUGCAUGGAAAGUAGAAUACGUAUCAAGGUUUACACUAGAAACGCACGUGGCGUAAGAGGACACGUAGAAGCAUACGUGGCUGCCUUUGAUAAACACUGGAAUCUUGCAUUGGAAGAUUGCUUCGAGGUUUGGACACGUAAACGCAAGAGAAAAGCACCUGCUGCACUUGAUACUAAGGAGAAUGAAAAGACUACGAGGAUGAUGACUAUGAUGAUGAUGAUGAGAGAAGAAGAAGAAGAAGAAGAGAAAGAGGAGGAGAAGGAGAUGAAGGAGAGGAGGAGGACUACUACCUCGUUUGUUCCUAAGGUAGUCUUGAAGAAGAUCGAAGGAAAGACAGAGACCUUGGAAAGGCACGUGCCACAAAUGUUAUUGAGGGGAGAACAGGUCGCCAUAAUUGUCAAAAUCAAUUGAAUUAGUACACUUAGAUAACUACCUAAGCGUAUUACGCAUUUUCUUUUACCUUUUGUUAAUAUCAAUCUACGUUAUCUUGUAUUUUUUAUACCGAUAUUUGUAAAGAAACUAUGCGGAGGAAUUAAAAAAAAAAAA